AUGUCCCAAGAGCAGACCUCUGCUGCUUCGACGCCAACUCCGACGGGUUCCGUGCCCUACUACCGAGUGCCACCAAACUUCGGCGGAACCUCAGAAGAAGAUGUCGACGUGUGGCUCAAGAACUAUAAGCGGGUGAGCAGGAGCAACGGCUGGGACUCGGAAGCACAGCUCAGGAGGCCUAUGCAAGAGAACCAGAGCAUGCGCGAACUCCGGCUACUCUUGCUCCAUGGCAGCCAUCGGUCAACGCAGCUGAUCCCGAUGAAUACCGAGGCACACGGCAGUGGGUUCUCACAUCGCACACCACCCAAUUACGGACGGCGUUUCCGCUCGCCUGGUUACCGUCAACGAACGUCGCUUGGCUACGGUGCCCCUGAAGAGCGGCACUACUAUUCCAUGCCUUCUGAGAGGAGUGGUUACUCUGAGCAGCCGCCUGUAUCUCGACCACAUCCGAUGUGCUACAACUGUGGCGUCCCGGGUCACAUCGCACGUUUUUGCAACCAUCGCAGCCCAUACCAGCGACAGCCUUCUCAGCCUUUCGACCGUCCACUCUACACGCCACGGCCACCACGCGCACCAACCGGAUUCCGCUACCCCUCGCCGGCUUCUGAUCGAAGUUUGACGCCGCCACCAGCUCCACGAGCUCCGCGAUCACCGUCGCCACGGCGGAAAACUAGUCGGUGCGGCCAAUGGGGGUGA